AUGUUUGUUUCUUGCUGCGCUGCGCUGCUGCUGCUUGCUUCUUGCUGCGCCGCUGCUGCUGGCCCGUCAGCGUGCAAGUCUUUUUGCUACCGGCGGCUGCGCUACUUGGAGGAGAAGUUCAUUUUGCACACAAUGUUCAACAGUGCUGCUGAGCUGCAAGAAACCAAAGACAACCACCACAGGGACUUCUACAAUGUCCGCAAAGUGGACACCCACGUCCACCACGCCGCCUGCAUGACGCAGAAGCACCUCCUCAGCUUCAUCCGGCGGAAGUACGAUGAAGAGAAGACGACAGUGGUGUACGUGACGAGCGGCGGCGCUGCACUGACGCUGGAAGAUGUGUUUUGCAAAAUGGGAUUAAAUGCUUAUGCAGCUUCCGUGGACUUGCUGGGAGUGCAUGCACUGGGCUCUUGCUUCCAGCGUUUUGAUCUCUUCAACCAAAAAUAUAAUCCUUUUGGCCAACGAGCCCUCAGAGAUGUCUUUCUCAAGACCGACAACUACAUCAAGGGCCGCUUCCUGGCGGAGCUGACGAAGGAAGUGAUCAAAGACCUGGAGCAGCGGCGCUACCAGCAAGUGGAGUGGCGGCUUUCCAUUUACGGCAGCCACAAAGACGAGUGGAGCCGCCUGGCCAGUUGGGUCAUAGACAACCAGCUCGUUUCCGUCCGCGUCCGCUGGCUCAUUCAGGCGGCGCUGCUGCAGCCUGACUUGCGCUGCAGCUUGUAUUACAUCUACCGCAUGCGCGGCCAAGUCAAGAGUUUCGGAGAUAUGCUGGAAAACAUUUUCGGGCCUCUUUUUGAGGCUGCAUGCAGCCCCAGCAAACACCCCAAGAUCUUCCAGCUGCUGCAGCAGGUGGUGGGGUGGGACUCUGUGGACGACGAGUCGCACGUGUCGAAGUACACGAUGGAGGGGGGGGAGCUGCCGCCCCCCGAGCUCUGGGUCUCUGCAGACAAUCCCCCUUAUUCUUAUUGGGGCUUUUACAUGCAUGCGAACAUCCGGGCCCUCAACAGGCUCCUCUACCUCCAGGGCAUUCGCCCCCUCGAGUUCAGGCCGCACUGCGGGGAAGCUGGAAGUGUUUCGCAUUUGGCGACAAUGUUUCUUUUGGCCCGAGGAGUUAAUCAUGGGAUUUUGCUGAAGAAGAGCCCCGUGCUGCAGUACCUCUUCUACCUGCAGCAAAUUGGAAUUGCCAUGUCCCCCCUCUCUAACAACGCCCUUUUCCUCGAAGUUGCAAAAAAUCCUUUGUAUUUAUUCUUCAAGAUUGGACUUAAUGUUUCUCUAUCUACUGAUGACCCCCUGAUGUUUCACUUCACUGACGAGCCUUUACUGGAGGAGUACUCUCUUGCUGCGCACUACUGGAAGCUCACGCCGGUUGACCUGUGCGAGCUGGCCCGCAAUUCGGUGCUGCAGAGCGGCUUUGAAGACGAGUACAAGGCACACUGGCUAGGCCCGAAGUUUCGGCUGCCGGGGAAGAGGGGAAACUGCAUGCGCCAGUCUAACGUCAGCGACAUCAGGCUGCAGUACAGAGAAGAUACGCUGCGGGACGAGUUGUCUUACAUGCAUGACGUGCUGGCUCUGCGUCUGGCGUUCCCCGACGGGGCCCCCGCAGAAGCAGCAGCAGCAGUUUGUUCCUCUUGCAGCAGCGUCAGUGCAGCAGGGCAGCAGCAGCAGCUGCUGCUGCACCGCCAAGUGUCUGCCGCUCCUGACUGCGCCCCCUGCAGCAGCUCCGUGCCGGAGGGCAGCACACCCGAAGCAACACUAGAGGCAGCAGCAGCAAAAGCUCUGCUGCUGCAAGUGGCAAAGGAAGUAUCCUCGGUCACUGAUGGCAACCGCGGCAGCAGCAGCAGCAGCAGCAGUGCAGCAGCAGCGACAGACGAGGGAGAAGCUGGGGGCAGUCAAAGUGCUGCCGACCGCUACAGCAAAGGGGCCCCCCUUCUUGUAGGCAAUUACGGGGACAGCGGCAACGCCACAUUCUAA